AUGGCUACUAGGCUCUCCGUUGUCUCCUCUUUCAUUUCACCUCCUCUUGCUGUUGACUCUUCUUCGUCUCUCGCUGCUCCUUGCUUCUUCUCUCCGAUUCCACGACUCCUGACUCUUCGAAUCCCCACUAGCCUUAGAUCAAGCCCCAGGCUCCCGCCGACUGAUUUCCUCAGGUCUCCUCGGAGUCUAACGUCUUCACUCGCCGUGAUGUUUCCUGGAAAUUCGGUCUUAUCAGAUGUCUGCGCCACCGGAAUCUCCGGCGUCGUCGCGUUCUCGUGCCUCGGUUUCUGGGGAGAGAUUGGCAAGCGCGGCAUCUUCGACCAGAAACUCAUUCGGAAGCUCGUGCAUAUAAAUAUUGGGCUAGUCUUUAUGCUUUGCUGGCCACUGUUCAGUUCUGGACUCCAAGGAGCGCUUUUUGCAUCUCUUAUACCUGGACUCAAUAUAAUAAGGAUGCUGCUCCUGGGGCUUGGAGUGUACCAAGACGAAGGAACGAUCAAGUCAAUGAGCAGACACGGAGAUCGCAGGGAACUACUUAAGGGACCGCUUUAUUACGCACUGUCAAUUACAUCGGCCUGUAUCUUCUACUGGAAAACAUCCCCCAUCGCAAUUGCAGUGAUAUGCAACCUCUGCGCAGGAGAUGGUAUGGCUGACAUCGUGGGGAGGCGGCUCGGAACAGAGAAGCUUCCUUACAACAGAAACAAAUCUGUAGCUGGUAGCGUUGGGAUGACAAUCGCCGGAUUCUUAGCAUCUGUUGGAUACAUGUACUACUUCGCUUCAUUUGGUUACAUCGAGAAUAGUGGGGCCACUAUGAUUCAUCGUUUCUUCAUCAUCUCUAUAGCGUCGACUAUUGUGGAAUCACUCCCCAUAAGCACCGACAUUGACGACAAUCUCACCAUUUCCAUAACCUCUGCCUUGGUCGGUACUCUACUCUUCUAA